ACGGAUGAGCGGACGGCCACCGGUCGCUGUGCGUAUCCUGGGUGCGUGCGGCCUGUGCUGCGCGCGUGGCGUCCACUCGUCGGCCGACGUUGUGGUCCACUCACCUGCUGUCCUACCCUCCUACUCACCUGCCUGCACGCUCUCGGCCUCGCCCCCACCCGUACCUGCCAUUCGCUCGCUCCCGACCUUGCGCGCGUGGUGUCCGCUCGCCGGCCGUGCUUGCAUGCUGGGCAUUUGCCGCGCCCCUCGAUCGCUUGGGUGCGACUUUGCUUGCCUUUGCGGCGUGAACGGGCGGCGGGCAGGCGUGCCGCGUGCACGCCGGGUGUGCGAAUGCGCAAGUGGGCGGUCGAGAGGAGAGGGCGGGUGGGUAUGUGUGCGCCUGCGUGCAGGCGGGCGAGGGGCGUGGUGCACGACCACGACGAGGCCGUCAGUACACAUGGGCACUGGUCCUAUCUAUAGCUUUGGUGAGCCCGGCUCAGAGAGAUGUUGACGACGAGACAACAGCAGUUGCCUAAGUCGUGAACGCGUGAACGCCCGAGUCUCGACU